GCAACGGACUGUCAACAAACAAUAUGGCGACUUAGCAAAACUCUACUCGACGUUACAAAUGGAGGGUGAACGCUUCUCUCGGUGUUAAAGAAGAUCAUCAGAGCUGCUGGAGGCUGAACGCUGAGCUUCAGUGACAUCAUGGUGCUGAAGGUUUUCUUCCCACAGUGCUGUAACCGGGCGGACAGCGGCCUGCUGGUCGGACGCUGGAUCUCUGGCCAUGACUCAGCCGUAGUGCUGGCGGUCAUUCACUACCCGUUCAUCCCGGGACAGGUCAAACAGUACGUCCAGAAGAUGCAGGCCAAGAGUGGGGUGGAGCUGUCGGUGCUGGGCUCGUGGAGUUUACCCAAAGACGGUCAGGAGGGCAUGGAGAGCUUCCUCAGAGACCUCAGCACCAUCUUCCCCAAGGAACGAUGGCUCCAGAUCAACCGCGAGCUGGGCAAGAUGGGCUUCACCUGCCAGGUCCUCCACCGGGAUCAGAAUGGAAAAGUAGUUCAGUGGGAGAAGAAAAAGAAGGUUGAGGGAGGUGACGGCGAGUCUGGAGGUGAUGAAGAACAGCAGCAGGAGGAGGAGGAGGAAGAGGGGAAGGUGAUCUUCGUCCACUACGAGCAGAAGCAGGUGAUGUUCUCGCAGCUUCACCCCGUCGAGAACGGAGUUCCUGACCCCAAAACGGAUCCGCCGUCCGAGCUGAGACAGAUGUUCCAGACGGUGGCCGGCAACGCUCCCCUGUUCUUCUUGGACCGAUACGACGAUGGUCCGCUGAAGUCGACUCACUGGCAGUCUGAAGGCCGGGAGGCCAGCAUCAUCGUGGAGCUCCUGAAACAGGCCUCCAUCCCGCUCUGCAUGCUCAUCAGCUGGCUGCUCUCCAUCUGGUCCUGGAUCUGUAACUUCCGGAUCUUCAGUCUUUACCCGCUGCGCUUCCUGUCCAGUAAGUUGUCCACCUGCGUCCAGCUGAGCUACAGAACGGAACACAUGAGGACGCUCAGCUCAAUGAAACCCGCCGCCGGACACACGCAGUUCAUGAGGAAAGCGAACAUCGUGGUGUCCUUCCUGGUGGACGUGUCUCUCGGCAUGUUGCUCAUCUGGUGGCUCUACAGAGACAACCACAUCUCCAUGUUAGCCAACGCACUGGUGCCUGCAGCUGAUCAUGUGGCUAAAGAGCUGGAGGAGCUGCUGCAGUGGCUGAUGGGAGCUCCCGCCGGGCUGAAGAUGAACCGGGCCCUGGAUCAGGUCCUGGGCCGCUUCUUCCUCUACCACAUCCACCUGUGGAUCAGCUACGUCCACCUGAUGUCCCCCUUCAUCGAGGGGAUCCUGUGGUACGGAGGCCUGUCGGCCUGCUUCGGCCUGACCUUUGCCCUCUCGCUGCUCUCCGACAUGGUCGCCCUGCUCACCUUCCACAUCUACUGCUUCUACGUCUACGGAGCCAGGUUGUACUGUCUGAAGAUCUACGGCCUCUCGUCUCUCUGGAGGCUCUUCAGAGGGAAGAAGUGGAACGUCCUGAGACAGAGAGUGGACUCCUGCUCCUAUGACCUGGACCAGCUCUUCAUCGGGACGCUGCUGUUCACCGUCCUGCUGUUCCUGCUGCCGACCACAGCGCUCUACUACCUGGUCUUCACUCUGCUGCGUCUGGUGGUGGUGCUGUUCCAGGGAGUCCUCCACCUCAGUGUGGACUUCAUCAACUCCUUCCCUCUGUUUGCUGUGGUCCUCCGCCUCACUCGCUCCUACCGACUGGCAGAGGGUGUGAAGUUCAGGGUGCUGUGUGAAGAGCCUGGGACGGCCCUGCACCUGCUGAUGGAGAUUAACCCUUUGAAGUUCAGCUCGGUGGUUCAGACCUACCGCACCCCAACUUACAGCUGUUACCCCAAAGACUCGUGGGCGGCCCUCAUUAAGAAACUGUUUGUUGGGGAGCUGAUUUACCCCUGGAGGCACAAAACCACCAAGACGGACUGAGAGACAUCAGCCACAGAUGUGAGAGAGAGAGAGAGAGAGAGAGAGAGAGAGAUGAGGGAACAGAGGAAAGGGAAGUGACUGAAUAAAUAAUGAGAUGGAGGGAAACAUGUUAUGUUCGUGUUAGAUGAGUAGAACGACACAGAAACACAGAACCUGACGGUGUCACCUCUCUUUUUAUUUGAUCAGUUUGAAGAAGAGGAACAAAAAUGAGUGCAGCGAACACGACAUAAACAUAAAAACCAGCAAGUAGUCAUGUCCUGCUGUUGUAAGAAACUGUGAUCGUAAAUUAGAAAAUAAAGGAUUUUCAUCAUGUAGUGAAACUAAUUUACGAUCACAGUUUCACUACAUGAUGAAAAUCCUUUAUUUUCUAAUUAAUUUAUAAAGGACUUGACAGAUGUUUUCUUUUGUUGCUUAGGUCAGAAUUAGAAAUUAGAAAUUAGAUUAAACUCCAGUAAUUAUCUUGUACUCACUGUGUUUCCCACAAGGAAACAACACAGACCAAACAAUUAUGUUUUGUGUUUUAAAUGUGGGACACAAAGAUCCCACAUUUUCAAAUAAGAUUCAUUUUAAAUCCUCAGAUGAGACUAAAUAAAAAAUAUGACGGCGUAUUAAGGCCAUUGAAGUAAAAAAUACAAAUUAAAUGACAGUGCCAAAGGAGAAGGGGGGGGGGGUAAUAUUAUGAGAAAUAAUACACCGAUUUAUGAGAAAAAAACUUGAAUAUUCUCUGAGAUUCUAAAGUCGUAAAUUUGUGAGAAAGAAACGCCAACAUUUUUACUUUAAUCAACCAAAAAAAAGGGCUUUAUUUUGCAAGGUUGUUAGCCACCGAGUGCAAAAUAUAUGAAUUAUAUAAGUAUUUAUCUAUGUUCAUAAAAGAACAUGAAAGAAACACGUUUAUGUAUCUUUCCGAACCUUCAGGUACAUUUUUUAUUGUUAAUUUGUGAGUUUUUGCCUCAUAAAUGUACCUCUUUAAUCUCAAAGAAUAUCCAGAUAUAUUUCUAGUAAAUUUAUGACUUUGACCUCUCAAAUUCUGAGUUUUUUCUCUGAAUAUUAUCCCCUUCCUGUCUCCGUAAUUAUCUUUUCUUUUUCUUUUUUUUACCUACAAUGUCCCUAAUAUCCCAUCAUAGGAAAAUGACACCAAACUUAUUUUUAAAGGCCGACUGACCUUGUUUUCCUUGAACAUGUGCGUCACUGUUUGUAUGACAGCAAACAUCCAGGAGUCAGUUGAUGUACUGUAGUUCACUCUGGAUGUUUAAGCUCUCAUCAGUCUGAUUAUCUGUCAUGAAACACAGUAUUGUUCGCUGCUGUAUGGAACCUUUUGACCACUCCUAAGUCAAUUUAUUGUUGUUUUAUGCUGAUUGUUUUGUUGCUGUAAUGCCACAUGAAAACAGCGUAAUCACUGGCAUGUGACAGUAGUUUCUGACAUAUUUCAGUGGCUGAUUAUUGGCAGUGGUGAAAAAAAAGAUCUACUGCCAAAGGAGCAGAAUUCCACUUAGAAAUCAGGGUAUUUAUGUAUAAACCGCACUGAUCAUGUAGAUAGUUGUAGUCUUUUAGAUUUUAUUUUAUUAAAGUAUUAGAAAGAGUCUACUUUAAAUGAUACAAACUGGAAAAACUGAUUUUUUUUAAAUUAUUUCUUUAAUAAUAUUUUGUGUGUUAAUCUUUUAAUAGUUUUAGUCAAAAUUAAAUGAUUAGUGUUUUAUUUUAGGUUCAUUUGUUGCCAUUUUUCUUCCAUAAAGAAGAAGAUGAACAGUGAUGCUGUUCUGUUAUAAAUCCUUAUAACUAUAAGACUGAUUCUGCUUGGGGUCAGUUUGUCAUCAUUUGUGUUUUUUAAUUAUUUUUUUUAUGUGCCAAUUAAUGUCACUUUUAAUUAAAUAUUGUCCUUUUAAUUCUUUAUAACAACCAACCUGAACCUGCUCUCAUUAAAUGUAACUCUCCAACUGUUUGGGAAUUUCUCUUGUUGUCUGUGUUACUCAGCACAAACGGUACGAUACUUAAACUGAUUGAUGAUUUUUAUAGUGCUAAGCUAACAAUUUACCCCUGUUUCCUGUCUUUGUGCUAAACUAUGCUAAACAUCUCGUGGCCAAUCAGAGUUUAAAACUGAUAUUUGACUCUUGGUUAGGAGACGAGCAGGAUGAUUUCCCAAAAUUUUAAUGUGAAUUUUUCUUUUUGAACUCAUCCCACUAAUGAUCUGAACUAAAUGUUACAUUUUCAUUUAAUAAAAAUCCAUGCUUAUUUAAUAUA